AUGGCCGACGCGUCGCCGGUUGCGUUUGUCGACGUCUGGUUUUUGUCACAACUAUAUUUAAAACUCGGCCCGGGGUUCAACUCAAUCCUGGUUUCGCCACUGCUCGGACCGACUCUCGAUUGCGUCGCCGUCGUCGGUCAGACGCUGUACCGGGAACUUCACGAAUCCAUCAUUCCGGAGCAUUUCAAGCAAUUAGCUUGGGAUCGCCAAUUUGCGACGUUUUGCCUGAACCACUACAACUCUUCACAUCUGGACAAGUAUGAGCCUGCUCCUGGCAAGGUGACCACACAUUACUUUUUCUACAACGGCACUUGCUGGUGUCAUGGAAACUUUGUGGCUCGUCAGAAACGAUCUGGUUGGCUCUCAUUCCUGCAGCCUGCUCCACGGACUCUCUUUUUCUUCGAGAUCUCCGGCAGUGGAUAUCCCCGUGAGAAAGUUGUCACAUGCACCCCCUUAGAUGAACCAGUUACUGAAGCCUACAGUGUCUUGGGUUUCCCUCUUGGGCGCUCUAAACGUCGUAGUGGCAAAUCGGAUACCAUUUGCAGGACAUGCAACCAACACUUUUAUCUUCCACAUCCUGAACAUGACAAUACGCGCAAAGUUUGUGAAAUAUGCUUAUAUCACUGUGAAAUGUGCGAUAAUCGCCCCAUUGUGCUGCAUCCAGGUCACGUCAAUCUCUUAAGCGAGUCUUGAUCGAAAGGUGUGAUUUAUUCGCCAGUGUUAUUGUCCUUGUUGAUAACGAUCAUGAACUUUUUGUAUUGGUGCAAGAUUAAUUAGUAGCAUAUUCUCUCUCUGCUUUUCCUGUUGUUGCAAAUUAGCAGAGUAUGAGUCUAUUCUUCCUGGUCCAGUGUAUAACAAUUGUUAAGAGACCUAUAUAUGUCAUGUUAAAGACAACAUGUCUAAUCUGAGCUUUCA